AUGGCUUCAACAGGCACAGAAGAGUUGACCAUGGAGCAAUUAUGGGAUGAAGCAGCCAAGCGAUUUCUGGCUCGUACCGGAAAAGGUCUGAGCCGAAAACCUCCAAUGACAAUAGACGGCGUGCGAAAACAGAUAGAAUCGCGAACAGAUCAGACGACAGAUACUGACGCCUUAAAUACGCUGAAACACAGAAAGGACAUAGGCCUCAAUAUUCUUGAAUGUCUGAAGCUACUUGGUGGUAUAGCUGCACAAGGUGCCAGCGUGGUUUUCCAACCGGCAAGUGUCGUGUUUAACGCCAUGAGCAUACUUCUGGAAGCCCCCAAAAAGAUACGCGAAUUCCAUGAAGCAAUUGACGAGAUCUUUGCCGUUAUCGCACCGUCUCUGAGUCAGUUCAGGAUCUAUGAACGAAUCGAGCAGUUCAGGAAAAUAGACACCGACUUGACUCGUGCAAUUCAUAUCACCAUGAUCAGUCUAGUUGAUAUCUGCGCCUUGGUUAUAACACUCAAAGAUCCCAAUAGCAAAUGGAGCAAAUUCAAGUCCAACCUCAAGAAGGCAUUACUAGACGAUGAUUCAGGCCUGAGCGUUGAAUUGAGGAAGUUUAGACAGGCCAUCCAUGGCCAACAGUCAAUCGAGGCGACUUUGACAUUGGAAGUUGCCCUAGAAAGCAGACACGAAGUAUCGAUUAUUCUUGCAAAAGUCUUCGAGACUGGAAAGUGGACCGAAGAGAUUGCUAGCAAAAUCACCACGUUGCAACAGGCAGAGACCAAGCGAGCACAGGACACGACGAAAAAGGCAUACUUGUCUAAGAUCAAAGAAAAGCUUGGCAUUGAAGAAAAGGAGCUCGAAAUAAACAGAGAAAUGUUCAAGAGAAUAUGCGAUUCCAGAGUCGAGAAUAGCGGGAGCUGGCUUGACGAGGAGGAGGCAUAUACUUCUUGGGCUGAUGCGGAUGCAGCCAAAGCGCGACCUCUCCUCCUCCUCCUCGGAGAGAAGAACACCGGGAGGUCCACAACAGUCUCAACGAUUGUCCAGAAGCUCAAAGCCAAAUACAAAGCGCAGACAGAACGGUCCUCAAGAGUUCUCCUUGCCUGGUAUUUCUUCCCCUCACUAUCAGAUAAAGCUGAUAAGGGUGAUCCAACGCCAGCCCGGACAGCCCUGAAGCAUAUUGCUUUACAACUAGCUGAGCAAGACAUGGCACUUGCCAAGAGUAUAGCUUCCAUCUGCGAAGAGAAAGAUAAUGGUACUUAUUUCACAGACGUGAGCUGUGAAUCUCUUUGGAAGGACCUAAAGCUGGGACAACCACGUGGAGAUACAAUCUACUACUUCAUAUUCGAUGGAGUUGAAAAACUAUCGAAGAUGCAUGCCGAUGCCGGCACACAAUUCUUUGGUGUUAUCAAGGAGGCUAGUCAAUUACCUUCUACAGAAAGUGAUAGGAGUAGGAUUCGGCUCCUGGUCAGUGGCAGGGGUGACGCAGUCAAAGUAUUGGGGGGUGUCAAAUCACCGACAAUCAACAUAGCGAAAUCAAACGGCUCAGACAUUGAAACGUAUAUCAAGAGGGAAAUGGGCAAAUAUGAUAUCUUUCAAGGCAACGACUCAAAGGACAAAGCCAGCCGGAAGAAAAUUAACGAUAAACUACUAGAGAUGGCGGGCGGGAGUUUCUUCAAAGUCCAGUCGACAAUAGAUAGAAUCAAGGACCUGGUAGAUUCAGGUGGACAGGAAUCGGAACUCGAUGAUCUGUUGACAGAGUCGGACUGGGGAAGAGAGGCGAUUUCGAAGAAUGUCGUUGCAGAGCUUCAAGAGCAACUAUCCCCACAGAAUAUCGAUGAGAUAAAUGAGCUGUUGAUCUGGGUGGUCUAUGGUUUUGAAUGGCUCAGUGUCGAUCAACUAGAGGCAGCGCUGUUCCUUCGGUUUGGGUCAACUCCACUUCAAAAGCUGGCGAAGAAACUACAGGGGAAGUAUUCCAGACUUUUUGAAGUCGAUGGGCAGGUGAUUACCGUACGCCGUGAUCUCUUGUCCUUGGUGAUCAAGGAUCCCAGACAGCUUCGAUCCGUCGACGACGAUACCCCAAAGAUAUCAGCUACCAUCACCAUCACAAAGGGGGACAUUACAACAGUGCAGAACUUCCUUUGGACCUUGUUCCAGAAGUCGGUGGUUGAGAAGUUCGAAUUUGAGCCGCUAGCUGGACAGGUUACCCAAAAAAGGGGCGAAAUCAGGGUGAACGGCUAUGACGCACACUUAGCUAUAGUGAUGCAAGCCAUAAGCUUCUUGAUAAAGAAGCCAGAUGUCAGGACUGAAAGCCUGGGAAGAUACUUAGUCUGGAAUCUUCCUAAACAUUUGGAGGAAUUGAAGAAUCCGGAACGUGAUCACAAGGUCGAUAAUGGAGCAAAGAAGGAUAUAGGCAGUAUGAUUUUCGACAUCCUUGGUCAAGGAACCAUCAUUAGGAGCCAUUGGAAACACUUUGUUGAUGUGCCUUGGUUCGGCAACGCGGCGCAAAUCUCUACAUUUCUGACAUGGCUACAGGAUCCAGAUGUUACUGGCCAUUUCGGGAUAUAUCAGACGGAUUGGCUAGACAAGGUAAUCUCAAGCCCGAACCCGCAACGGGCUUUGCUCUUCUCUAUGGCCCGUGAAGUGGGCCACAGAUGGCUCAAGAGCCGCGAAAAUGACCCUUGUGAAGCAUAUCGGUCUCUCAUCCAGUAUCUUUCCUUGGAAGUUCCCGAGGGAGUAUUAGAAGUGUCUGACGAAUCGCUCAUGACUUUGGGCGUAGAUGAAGAGUCUCUUCUGCUUGAUAAAGCAGAGCGAUGGUGCAAGAUUGUGCUUCAAGUUACGGACGGGCAAUCUUUAUGGUACGAGAGAGUUGGUGAGACUGCUAGAAAGGUCGAUGAGUUCGACUAUGCGAUUGCGAUGUUCUUGAAGGCGAUCACAAUGCCUGGAGUGUCAUGGACGUGUCACAGAGGUCUAGCACAAGCUUACCAUCAGGCUGGAAAACUGAAAGAAGCCUGUGAAUCACAGAAGAAGGCGUUGGAGAUUCUCUACGAUAUGAAAGGGCCUAAUCCUGAAGAUAUCUGGGUAACGAAUAUGGAUUUAGGGAAAUGGCACUUCGAACUCAAGGAGCCGGACCAAGCAACCGCCUUCUACGAAAAGGCUCUAGAAGCUAAGCAAGCUGACGAGGCAUAUUACCGCAUACUUGAAGCAAACCUUACAUCGCAGUCUAAUGACCGUACAUUGGACCUUGUCGAAUCCAUGAGUCAUGAAAGGUCAACGAAGGACGGUAUUAGUCGCCUAGGCUCUACACUUCUUCUCAUGGCAACGGAUGAAGACACUUACGAAAGGUACUUCACAAGUCUUCUCUCGUUGACUGAUUCUCGUGAUGGGAUACUGGGGAUGGUUCUGAAUGCCAUGGAUGAAGCUAUCCAGCUCGCAGCUAACAAGGAGCUUCUAUUCGAGAGAAGCGCCCUUAGGCUUUACAAGGGUCUUGCACUCUAUUAUUACGGCAAUGAAGCUGAUAAAAAUCUACUCACAUCCGCUGUCACGCUUUGGGAGGAGUGCCACUCUGACGCAAAAAAAGUGAUUGAAGAGACCGGCACUUACGUCCAGUGGAAAUGGAUGUGGUUGGGUGGCCAGGUCAUCAGCGAUAUAGUCCGCCAUUAUUUUAAAGAAGCAACGGCAGCAAAUACUGAGGCUUCGGCACUUGAAAAGCUUGGUAAAAUCAUGACCGGCCACAGAAUAUCGUACGACGAUAACCGGGUAUCCCCAGCUGAGUCUUACAUAGGAGCCUACGAAACCCUACAAGGAAAUUACACUGCAGCAAGAGCGCAUUUCCGCAAGAACAUGCUAACGGCUCAUGAGAUGCUAUCCGAUGAUACAGACGAGAAUGAUGCGGAUGCGUAUUUCGUCCUGUUCCAGUGUCUACUGCAUACUGGAGAUGACAUCAAUGCUCUCAUCGCUUUCGAGCUUACAGGUCCGAUAGAAAAGACGAUAGAAAUGAGGCUUGGUGAGAUUCGGGGUGAGGAUAAAGCCGCCGCAGCGGAACUUCUUGAGUUUGUGAAGGAGAAGUUCUCGAAGAGUGAUGCUGCUCCUACCAGGUACACGGCUGUCCUUGACGAGUUGCAACGACGAAUUCAUCUGGGGAAUGGCGAAGAUGAGAAGGCCACCACAAGUGAAUCCUAUCAAAGGAUUUAUUCGCUCCUGGUUGCGAAACGACCUGCUGCGGGAGAUGGCGAUGACCCAAGCCACCCACCGUAUGAGAUCACUUACAGCGACAUUGUGAUCAACUGGCGAUACUUUUGCAACGGGAAUUGCGGAGGGACCUGGGAUUUCGAGACUGACAUCAACAUUUGUAAAUACUGCUGGGACACUCCAUUUUGUCAAAACUGUUUACCGCUACUUCAGCAAGGCACGUCGAAGAUGUUGGCUUGUGAUGCACGCCAUAAGUGGCUCCAUGUCCCGCGGUGGAACUUGAGAGAAAGCACAGGGCUGAGGGAUGGUACUGUCAUAAUGGGAGGCGAGAUUGUUGAUGAUCGACGCGUUGGAGGGCAGAGAGUCAAGGUCAAGGAGUGGUUAAGCACAAUUUGGAAGGAAUGGGAUAUCGAGUAG